GUAAAAUUGAAAAUUUCUCCUCGUCCGAGGUUUACUGCUAAUUUGUCAGCUGGAUCACCAGAGCAGCCUACCUGUAAUCUUAUUUAACAAGUUCGCCAACAAAGCUGGAAAAAGCUGUGCAUUAAAAAAACGGCAGAGGGUGCCGGAGAUCCCUUUUCCAAACAUUGAACAGGUAAAAUAUGACGCUGCUCAGAGCGACUUUAACCACCAUUUUAGUCAUAACUCUCACUGAGUGUACUAAGCUUAGUGAUGUUCCUGACAAUGUACAGCUUCAAAAGGAUUCAGAUAUCAACCUGAUGGAGGUUUUAGAGAGCCUUGCACCAGUUCCUAGCGAGGAGGUAGUAGCUAUCAGACCCAAAGGAGAGGGAAUAGAGAGAUUUAGGCGAAGAGUGGAGCCUGCCAGCGGAAUCUCAUCGCUUUCAGAGCUUCCAGAUCUCCCAGCACCCCAAGAAAAUAAUUCCAUCUUCAGUCAUCGAUCAUUUUCUGACAGCGGAGCUACUCCUUCUUCUGGAGAAGGCGAGUGGGACAGCGGACACGCUGCGUCAUCAAAAACAAAGAAAAGCGAAAUAGCCGGAGAGGAUGCUUCUGGUUCUGGAGAGGGGUCUGGGAUAUUACAGCACGAGCCUACUGAACAAGAAAAACCAGUUGUGGUGACACCAGCUACACUCACGUCGGACGACGAAGGUAGCUCGGUGGCUCCAUCUAGUUUGGCUGGCGCUGCAACAGCACAGCCCCCUCCGGUCGCCACAUCACACAAUGGCGAGAAUAAGCCUUCCAACGCCGUUGCUGGUGCCGUAUCCUUUAAUGCAGUAGAGCCUGAAGAAACUGGAUCAGCUCAGCUGCGGUCAGUCUCGAACAUGAGUGCUCUAACCCAAACCAAAACUAUAAUCAAAGAGUCGCCUGCUGCUCAACUUCCUAAAGAGGAAGUUCAGCAAACGGCUACCACUAACAAAGAUGCACCUGAAUCCAGCGGAGUGGAAGAAGCAGCUCAUUUUGUUUCAUCUGCCGUUACCAAACAGGCUCAUACAGCAUCUGGAUCAGGGGAGUCAAGUGGAAGUGGGUUAAGUGCUGAUGAGCUUGCUUUCAUUGCUGGUCUUAAGAAAGCAAAGGGGCAACAGAGUACUCCGCUUCAGACACCACAGAGAGCUAAGCUACCAGGUAGUGUGGGAAGCGAUGAAGAUGACGAUGACAAUGAUAAUGUCGAUGAGAGUGGAGAUGCAAGUGCAGAGCAAUCAGAUUCAAGUGCUAGCGGAGCACAGGAAGAUGAAACGACAUCUUCUCAAUCUGAUGAGGAUCAAAACGAAGAAGCUCAACAGAGAUCAAAAACGAGCCAAAGACUCGGAGAGAACGCCUCAGAAGAUGACGAUGACGAUGACGAUGACGAUGACGAUGACGUCUCAGCCGAUGGUUCUGGAUCAGCCUCUGGCGACGAUGAAGAUUAUGACGAUGAAGACGACUCUGGGGAGUCAAGUGCUGACAAAUCAGAGAGAAGAGAUACCAUUGUUGAUGUUGCUAGUGGAUCUGGAGUUGAUUUUCUUUCAGGAGUGGGUGACUCUGAUAGCGAAGAUGAUUCUUCAGAGAGCUCCGGAGAAGAUGACGAGCCUGAAGAUGACUUGCCAGGCAGUAUAGGUGAAGUGAACGACAUUUCAAAAUUAGAGCAGAAGCCUGUCCAGGCCGAGACUGCGCCUGGGUUUGCAUUUGCGUCUGCAUCAGGUGUGCCUCCCGGUAGUCACGAGCUUGCCCCCGCCUCUGGCUCCGGUUUACCCGAUGUACGUCAACAGUCUGUCAAAAAGCCUAUGUUAGACCAAACAUCACCUAAGGCUUCUAUUCCAUCAUCAGGAUCAGGGGAAGAAGAGCUACCAGGAAGUGUUGGUGGUAUUUCUGACAUUGGUCAAGUUGAAUCAGCAACACAUACAGAAACAAACUCUGCUGCCUCAGGCUCAGGUGACUUUAAGACAACAUCUCAAUAUAAACAAGACGAAUCACUUCUGCAACAAGUUUUGCAAAGCGAAUCUUCAGGUUCUGGUGAGUCAGAAAAGCAAGAUGAGAGUCUUCCAGGAAGUGUGGGUGGACAAAUUAACUUGGAAGAAACAAUAAGUGCUUCGGGAUCUAAAGCCGAACCUCUCGCAAUCGUCAGUCCUGACUUUGGAACAGGUUCAGGCGAAAGUCCAAAGCUUCGCUCUUGGGAACCUGUUGUCUCCCUUCCCCAAGAGUCUCUCAAUUCUGGAUCAGGAAGCGAUGAGAAGUUUAGUGGCUCUGGAAUUGCCGACAACCUGGAAUCUUUGGCGUCAUCUUCAGAGGACGAGACUCUUCCAGGAAGUGUUGGAGCUGUCGGUCCCAAUCUUAUGACUAUGGCAUCUCCAGAAAAUAAGCCGGGUUCUGGGAUGGCAGACCAGUCUGGUUCUGGAUCUGGAGUUGGAGGAUCAGGGUUGCAAGAGGAAGUUAACUUGAUGAGGGCAUUUAAGUUUGGCGAUAGUUCUGGAUCAGGACUGGAGCAAUUGGAUAACAACGAGACCCACGUUGAGAAUGAGAUAGAUUCAGUCAACAUAACUAAACCAUUACCGGCUUUCGGAGAUGGAAGUAACGUAACGCAGUCGGAAAAUUCGACUAUCAUUGCACAGACUAAGGAAAACAGCGCCGUGAAGAAUAAUGAAAGCAGUGGAGAAUUUGGACUUUUACAAUCCCUUCAACCCUUUGGGGGAUCUGGAACUGCAGAAGAGCCAUUACCGGGUGGAUUUGGCAAUGGUGACAGUACUGACAUUCAGUCUCUGGCUGGUUCUGGAGGAGAAGAUGCUUCUGGCGUUACCUUAAGCUCCGGCUCCUUUGGCUCCUUUAUGGAUGAAGGCAUCUCUGGAUCAGGAUCAGGAGUAGCAAACUCGGACGUGAUAUCCGAAGUAUCAGGAGGUAGUAGUAGUGGAAGUGGUAAAUUUUCGUCUGACUCAGAGGAGUUGCAAUCCCUUUCGAAAAAAGAUUAUGCCCCUACAGCCUCAGCCUUAGCAUCGGCAUCUGCUAGUGCUACGCAAGACAGUGGAUCAAGCUCUGGCUCAGGCAACUCUCCGUUACCAGUCGCCAAGCACAACUACUCACCAACGAUAAAGAGAGUUGGGACAGGUAUCUCGUUCACCCCUAUGGCCGCAUCGGCGUCAGGCUCUUCUUCAUCUGGCCAAUCAGAUUCUAGCGCAAGCGCACUUCCGGGUAGCGUUGGUGUCGAGGAGUCCUUUUCCUCUUCUGGAUCUGCAGUCUUUGAUACCUCCGGGUCAGGAUUUAUCCCGAUCGGUGACAUUCCUCAAGAAGAUCUGCUAAACACCGAGGUUGAGACAUCUGCUUCCGGUUCUGAUGAAAUCAACGUCGUUGAGUCCGGUGCAGGCGAAGGGUCUGGUGCGCACUCAAAUAAGGAUGAAGAGGUGGAAGAAACAGCCUUACGCUCGCACACUGAUAACCUUAAACCCAUAUCUUUCAACCUAGACUCAGCUGGACUUCAAGCGGAUGUUCAAGCAGCUCUAGGCAAGACGCCUAUUAAUUUAGGUGUCGGAUCAGGCAGUACAUAUGGCUUAGGUUCUGGUGGAGGGAUCGAUUACGGAUCCACCUCAGACUUCUUAUCAGGCUCAGGUGGCAGCGGUACGUUAGAGCUAACCCCAGCAACCACCCCAUCAGAUGCGAUUGUAAACCUGUUUGGUAAUACGUUUGGCUCUGCUGGGAAAGAAAACUCAAGGAGUUCUAAUAAUAGUGUGGCUUCGAGCGACGAAGGAUCAUCAUUUAAACAUCAAAAGCAAGGAAAGAACAGGCAUCAAAUACCUGUAAGUGGAAAUGAUGAGACUGCCUUCUCCGACGAUGAAGAACAGGUGGAAUUUGAUCUUCCCAAGCCUGGAGACACAGUUGACCAACAACUUCUGGACCGAUUUAUGAUCAGUCAAAUCUUAGAGCAAAAUCUCACAUUGUUUUACGGAGGCCUUUCUGGUCGCCCUGGCAAACAAGGUCCUGUUGGCCCCCCUGGAGCAACCGGAAUGAGGGGUAUGACUGGAACUAUGGGCCCACCAGGUCCAAUUGGUGACGUAGGAUCCCCUGGUGCUGAUGGUGAGUCCGGUCCGAUAGGUCCUCCGGGACUCCCUGGGAUGCCUGGCUUCAAGGGAGAGAAAGGACCACCAGGUCUAAUGGGAUUAGCUGGGGAGCCAGGUGCACCUGGAAUUCCGGGACCUUUAGGAAACGUUGGCCCUGCUGGUCCAGAAGCUGUAAUGCCGAACUGUUCUUACAUUUGCGAGGGAGAGAAGACUUGGCUUCAGUGUAAGCAGUAUGAGACCAUCAAAAUAAACCGUGCGUUCUGGGGACGAGAAGAAAACGAGUUCUGUCCUAAAGCCCCAGUUGGUCUUGUCACAGACAAGAUUUGCGAGACAGAUGCAGAUAACACAUUUAAGAAAGUCGAGAGCCAGUGUAGGAACAAUCAAGCGUGUGAGAUUGUAGCUUCAAACACGUUCUUCGAUGAUCCAACGUGUAAGAAUACGUUCAAAUAUUUAAAGCUCUGUUACGAGUGUAUUCCGGAUGAGGUACACACCACAGAUGUGUUGCUUGACUUGGGAAAAAGACGAAAGAGAGGAACUCGUCUGGAGGACGUUCUAAGAAAGCGGAGAGAAAAGUCUGAAAGGGAGAAACUGUUAAAAGACCUUUGGAAGCAUCCAUAUCAUGCCAGAGUCGUGUGAUUGGCUUUCUUCCAAUCUGUGCAUGUAUAUCUAGAUCUUAGGUAUUUUGUAAAUAGCUUAUUGUCGUCUUUCUUCGAAAGAUAAGGUAAAAGUGGGCCACUGAGAUAAAGGGGCUGGCUGAACCGAACCUCCUCUGGAAUACUGUUAUGGAUCUGUUAAUUUUGGGGACUCGUUUAAAACAAGAAGAUGAUUAAUCAUUCAUAUGGUCUUAAAAAAUCAUCCGUGAUAAGACCUCGAAUCAGUAUGAAUCUCUUCAAAGAAAUUAGCUGAAUUUUGCUUGUGUACAACAGAAUCAAGUUUUAUGUAGGCAAGAAUAGUGACGAAGAGUUGAAAAACUACGUGAGUUGGUCAAUAUGGCGACUUUAGAAUGAUACUUAUGCUCUUGAGUUGCAAAAAAGACGACGUUUCUGUGCAAGAAAAGAGAGAGGUUUGUAUUUCGGAUUCCUUUGGCGCUCUUUGAACCCAAUCAAUAGUUUCUUUUUCAGGAAAGAGCUGACUAGAUAUAUUUUCAUGCCUGCGUACAGUUGUAACAUCAAAUGCCUCGAGUUCUGAUUAAAAAAAUUUCUUUGGCAGAAAAUAAAUGCAACAUCUCGCUGGAAAAGCAAUAAAAGAUUAGGCUUGAAUGAUAAUGAGUCUCGAAACCUUUCGAUCCAAUCAAAAGUUAUUCACUGUACAUGUGUUUACACCGUUUUCCUCUAUGGGAAAAUACACGAAAUGAAUUCUGUCUGUAAAAUAGGUUUGAUUAUUUUAUAUUGAACAUAAAGCUAAAGAUUGUAUAAUAAUGAAGAUAUGGCACCCUUUCGGUAAUCGUGAAACAGGAGUUAUGCCCACAGCUGAUGAAUUUUACCCAAAGUCACACUGACUGAUAUGUUAAAUCAAAUAUAUCUCGUCGUUUCAUUAGAGGGGAAUUCUACGCCAAUAGGGAGUUUCUGAGAUAUUUCCUUGAAUAAAAUGUUUUCAAGAAAGAA